GUCCUGGAGUAUAGAUGAUAAUUGUUUUAGUGAGGAAUUGAGGGAGAAACCGCGAGAGAUCAUCAUUAUAUCUUGACAUGGUGUUUUUUGUUUUCCCAGCGCGCGCUCACGCCCACCCUAUUGGACCGAUAUGGCUGCAAAAAAGCAAAUAAACUUAAAUUACUAAAAUCAACAAAUGUCACCGAGGUGUGGAUUUUUUGGGGAAGCCCCGUCGUCUGCAUUUGCGAGAGUAAUUCGAGAGUUUGGCGGAGGGGAGGCAGAAUAUUACCACUGUAGCCUAUACCAAACAUUGCGGAUACCACAGAAAUAAAUUAAUUAUUUAAACGUUUUCACCAUUUUUCUGUUCUAUAUCUGUCUUGUGGAUGUGAGAAAAAAACGAGAAUGCAAUUCCUGAGAAAGACACAUUAACCCGACGCAGUUGAUGCCAAUUUGCAUGUAAUGUAUUAAUGCAAUUAUGCUAAAAUGAUCUGUAUGUAUACCUUGCAAAUAACAAGACGAGCCCCACCGAGCUGUUGAGACGGGAAAUACUUCUUAAAAUGUGGAUCCCACCCUCCUGAGGAAGAUAAUCCGUCGACAUUUUAUCUGUUUAUGUUUUACAAUUUGUUUGACUAUUUGUUGAGCUGACUGCACCAUUGAAAAGGACAUACUCCAUCUAUCCAUCCUUCAAUCUCGUUAUCUCAGUCCCGUUUUGGAGCUGACACACUCUCACACACAUUCCCCCCGUCCACUGAUCUUGUUUGGUGCUUUAUGAUGGACAUUUCUUAGCCAUGAAGAUCAGAUCUGAAUGUCUGUGUGCUCUGUGCUGAGGCGGAUGGGGUGUAAUGUGGUGUUGUCACCCUGAGACAUCACCCCCUUCUCGGCUGCUUCGUAACGAUUGGCGUUUGGUGUCUACAGAAUGGCUCGGUUCGGAGACGAAGUGCCGGCCAGGUAUGGCGGCGGGGGCUCCGGCCAGGGGGGACCCGGCCGUGGCGGCAGCAGGCAGGGCGGCCCGCCAGGGGCCCAAAGGAUGUACAAGCAAUCGAUGGCCCAGAGAGCCCGGACCAUGGCCCUCUACAACCCGAUCCCGGUCCGACAGAACUGCCUGACGGUCAACCGCUCUCUGUUUCUCUUCAGUGAAGACAACGUAGUGAGAAAAUACGCCAAAAAGAUCACCGAAUGGCCUCCGUUUGAGUGGAUGAUUUUGACCACAAUCAUUGCCAACUGCAUCGUUCUGGCUCUUGAACAACACUUACCAGAUGGAGACAAAACUCCACUUUCAGAACGACUGGAAGAGACAGAGCCCUAUUUCAUUGCUAUUUUCUGUUUUGAGUCGGGCAUUAAGAUUCUUGCACUGGGAUUUGCCUUCCACAAGGGCUCCUACCUGAGAAACGGCUGGAACGUGAUGGACUUUGUAGUGGUGCUCACAGGUAUACUGUCCUCUGUGGGGUCAGAAUUAGACCUGCGGACAUUGCGAGCAGUCAGAGUGUUACGGCCUCUAAAACUGGUGUCAGGAAUUCCAAGCCUGCAGGUGGUGCUAAAGUCUAUCAUGAAGGCUAUGAUUCCACUACUGCAAAUCGGCGUGCUCUUAUUUGUGGCCAUCCUUAUGUUUGCCAUCAUUGGCCUGGAGUUCUACAUGGGCAAAUUCCACCAAACCUGUUUCGACAAUGUCACAGGCGAGAUGGUUGAUGAACAGCCCUGUGGUACAGAAUUUCCUGCUCGAGAGUGUGGGACAGGGUCGACGUGUAAUACAUACUGGCUUGGGCCAAACUAUGGCAUCACACAGUUCGACAACGUCCUUUUUGCUGUGCUCACUGUUUUCCAGUGCAUCACCAUGGAGGGUUGGACUGACAUGCUUUAUUAUAGCAAUGAUGCCUUAGGGAGUGCCUGGAACUGGAUGUACUAUGUUCCUCUCAUCAUCAUUGGAUCAUUCUUCAUGCUAAAUCUGGUGUUGGGUGUCCUCUCAGGUGAGUUUGCCAAAGAAAGAGAGCGUGUGGAGAACAGAAGCGAGUUCCUCAAGCUCAAACGUCAGCAGCAGAUUGAGAGAGAGCUAAACGGAUAUCUAGAGUGGAUCUGCAAAGCAGAGGAAGUCAUACUCGCAGAGGACGAUGAUGGCACUGGAUCUCGUCGCAGGCCCACCAUAAAGAAAAACAAAGCUGACCUGUUAAAUCCAGAAGAGGGAGAGGACCACAUGGGAGACGCAGUUGGCUCGCCUUUUGCUCGUGGGAGCAUAAAAAGCGGAAAGGGCGAUGGGACCGGAUUUGGCAAGAAAGAGCGACGUCUUCGCUUCUUUAUUCGAAAGAUUGUAAAGACUCAGGCAUUCUACUGGACUGUCCUCAGCCUGGUGGGACUCAACACACUGUGUGUGGCUGUAGUACACUACGACCAGCCCGAGCUACUGUCAGACUUCCUCUAUUAUGCUGAGUUCAUUUUCCUAGGCCUCUUUAUGUCAGAGAUGCUGAUUAAGAUGUACGGACUGGGGACGCGCCCUUAUUUCCACUCCUCAUUCAACUGUUUCGACUGUGCCGUCAUCGUUGGCAGCAUAUUUGAGGUGGUCUGGGCCAUGGUGAAACCUGGGACGUCCUUUGGAAUCAGUGUGUUGCGAGCUCUCCGACUACUUAGGAUCUUCAAAGUCACCAAAUACUGGGCAUCUUUGCGAAAUCUAGUAGUGUCUCUUCUGAACUCCAUGAAGUCCAUCAUCAGUUUACUGUUCCUUCUCUUCCUCUUCAUCGUGGUCUUUGCUCUUCUCGGGAUGCAGCUGUUUGGUGGACAAUUUAAUUUUGAGCAAGGCACUCCUCCAACAAACUUCGAUACUUUCCCUGCUGCCAUAAUGACAGUAUUUCAGAUUCUAACCGGAGAGGAUUGGAACGUUGUGAUGUAUGACGGCAUUAAGUCUCAGGGAGGGGUGGACAAAGGAAUGGUCUUCUCCAUAUUCUUCAUUGUCCUAACACUCUUUGGCAACUACACACUACUGAAUGUAUUCUUGGCUAUCGCUGUGGACAACCUGGCCAAUGCUCAGGAACUAACUAAGGAUGAACAGGAGGAAGAGGAGGCCACAACACAAAAGAUUGCUCUCCAGAAAGCAAAAGAAGUGGCAGAAGUGAGCCCACUGUCUGCUGCCAACCUAUCUAUUGCUGCCAAAGAGCAGCAGAAGAACUCAAAGGUUUCCAAGUCAGUGUGGGAGCAACGCACAAGCGAGAUCCGCAGACAAAAUCUGAUGACCAGCAGAGAGGCGCUUUACAAUGAACUUGAUGCAGAAGAUCACUGGAAGAUGAACUACCACAACCGUCCUGACAUGAAGACCCACUUGGACCGCCCACUAGUAGUUAAUCCUCAGGAGAACCGAAACAACAACACCAACAAGCCCCGACCGGGUGAACCAAACCCCCAGGAGCUAAACCAGCAGCGGGGUGAAGAAUACCUGCAGCACCAGUCCCGAUACCACCACCAUCACAGUCAUCAUCACCACCACCACCACCACCACUCCAGCCGCCAGUCUUUACACCAUCCUGAGCUGGGGGAGGCAGGCUGCGAUUGUUCUCAGAGAGGAGGUGAGGACGUGGAGGGUGCAGGGGAGCACAGGCGGCCACGACACCACCAGCACAGAAGGAAGGAUGAAGAUGGAGGGAGAAGACACAGAGAACACCACAGCAGAGGGGAGGCGGAAGGAGAAGGUGAGGAGGGCCAUGAGAAGAGGCAGAGGAGGCAUCGCCAUGGAAACCAUGGGGAUGGAGAUGGAAGGAGGGAUAGAGAACGGAAUCGACAUCGAGCUAGAAAAGAGGGUAGUUUAUCAACGGCUCGUCCAAUUCAGCCAGGUCUUUCACAUGCAGAGAGCCAGUACAGCGAGGAUCUGGACAACCUACGAAAUAGCAGCAAGAUGGCCAUCCACGACCCCGACCCUGACUUUUAUGACCCCUACUGUGACCCAGAGCAGGCCAAUAACCUGCUGAACCUGCGUGGCCCAGAUUUCCAUGACAGCAGUCUCAUUCUGACUGACUGCACCAAAACCCCUAGUAAACUUGAGCACACUGCCAUAGAUAUGCCGCCGAUUUACCCCUCAUUUAACGCCAAACUGCAAGUGAACAAGAAUGCCAACACAGAGCCGGCUAAAGAAGGAGAGAAGAAAGAGGAGGAGGAAGACAAUGGUGGUGAUGAAGAUGGCCCCAAACCCAUUCCCCCGUUCAGUUCUUGCUUUAUCCUAUCCACUACCAACCCGUUCCGAAGAUGUUGUCAUUAUAUCCUGACGCUACGUUAUUUCGAGAUGUGUAUUCUGUCAGUCAUCGCUAUGAGCAGCAUUGCUUUAGCUGCGGAAGAUCCGGUGUGGCCAGAUUCACCUCGAAACAACGUAUUGCGUUACUUUGACUAUGUCUUCACUGGUGUGUUCACCUUUGAGAUGCUCAUCAAGAUGGUUGUGUUAGGCUUGGUUUUACAUGAGGGCUCAUAUUUCCGUGACCUGUGGAACUUUCUGGACUUUGUAGUGGUUAGUGGUGCCCUGGUAGCCUUUGCCUUCACGAGCCUCUCUCGGGGGAGCAGUAAGUCAAAAGACAUUAGUAUCAUCAAAUCUCUGAGGGUCCUAAGGGUGCUACGUCCACUCAAGACCAUCAAGCGUCUUCCCAAACUAAAAGCGGUGUUUGAUUGUGUAGUGAACUCUCUGAAGAACGUGUUGAACAUCCUCAUUGUCUACAUGCUGUUCAUGUUCAUCUUCGCUGUGGUGGCCGUGCAGCUUUUUAAGGGACGAUUCUUCUACUGCACUGACGAAUCCAAAGAGUUUGCCCGUGACUGCAGGGGUGAAUAUUUAGUGUACGAGCGCGAUAAUGAGGUGAAAUCACAGAAGCGGGAGUGGAAGAAGUACGAUUUCCACUACGACAACGUGCUUUGGGCCCUGCUUACUCUCUUUACUGUGUCCACCGGAGAGGGAUGGCCGCAGGUGUUAAAACACUCGGUGGACUCCACUUAUGAGGACCAGGGCCCGAGCCCGGGGUACCGGAUGGAAAUGUCCAUCUUUUACGUGGUGUACUUCGUUGUCUUCCCCUUCUUCUUCGUAAACAUCUUUGUAGCUCUCAUCAUCAUCACUUUCCAGGAGCAAGGAGACAAGAUGAUGGAGGACUACAGCCUUGAAAAGAAUGAGAGAGCCUGUAUUGAUUUUGCUAUAAAUGCCAAACCUCUAACGCGCCACAUGCCUCAGAACAAGCAAAGCUUUCAAUACAGAAUGUGGCAAUUUGUGGUGUCACCUCCGUUUGAGUACAGUAUCAUGGCUCUCAUUGCGCUCAACACCAUCGUCCUUAUGAUGAAGUACGAUCAGGCCCCUAAGAUGUAUGAUGCAGUCCUGAAGAACCUGAAUAUAGUGUUCACCACACUCUUCUUCAUGGAGUGUGUUUUGAAAAUCAUUGCCUUUGGUGCCCGAAAUUAUUUCCGCGACGCAUGGAAUAUUUUUGAUUUUGUGUCUGUUAUCGGCAGCAUCACUGAUAUUUUGGUGACAGAGCUAUGGGAUAACUUCAUAAACCUGAGUUUUCUGAGACUCUUCCGAGCAGCACGUCUCAUUAAACUCUUGAGGCAAGGCGAGACCAUUCGCAUUCUGCUGUGGACUUUUGUUCAGUCAUUUAAGGCUCUGCCAUAUGUGUGCCUGCUUAUUGCAAUUCUGUUCUUCAUCUAUGCCAUCAUUGGCAUGCAGUUGUUUGGGAACUUGAAGCUGAAUGCAGAAGAAGGUAGUGCGAUCAAUGAACACAAUAACUUCAGAACGUUCAUCAUGGCCCUGAUGCUCCUCUUUAGGAGCGCCACAGGCGAGGCCUGGCAUGAGAUCAUGCUGGCAUGUCUCGGAGGAAUGGAGUGUGAUAGAACCAACUUACCAAUUAACGACGUAGAUUCUUCAGUGCUAGAAUGCGGCAGCAACUUUGCAUAUGUGUACUUUGUCUCUUUCAUCUUCCUCUGUUCUUUCCUGAUGCUGAAUCUCUUUGUCGCUGUCAUCAUGGAUAACUUUGAGUACCUGACCAGGGACUCCUCCAUUCUGGGUCCACAUCAUUUGGAUGAGUAUGUCAGGAUUUGGGCAGAGUACGACCCAGCAGCCUGCGGGCGCAUUCAUUAUAAGGAUAUGUACAGUUUAUUGCGGGUUAUCGACCCCCCGCUGGGCUUAGGCAAGAAAUGUCCUCAUAGGGUGGCCUGCAAGAGACUGCUACGCAUGGACCUCCCCGUUGCAGAUGACAACACGGUGCAUUUCAACUCCACUUUGAUGGCUUUGAUUCGCACAGCUCUGGACAUCAAAAUUGCUAAGGGAGGCGCAGACAAACACCAGAUGGACGCCGAGCUCCGUAAGGAAAUGAUGGCAAUUUGGCCAAAUCUCUCCCAGAAGAACCUGGAUCUGCUGGUAACACCACACAAGUCAGCGACAGACCUGACAGUGGGCAAGAUCUACGCUGCCAUGAUGAUCAUGGAGUACUACCGGCAGAGCAAGGCCAAAAAGCUGCAGGCGCUUCGUGAGGAGCAGAACCGAACGCCAUUAAUGUUUCAGCGCAUGGAGCCAUCCCCGAGCCAGGAAGGGGGACAGGGGGUGAACGGUCUCCCUGAGCUGCCGCAAGAACCUGUCAACAGCCUGCCUCCAGAGGGUGGAAUGAGCGAGAGCCAGUCGUGGGUGACGUCACGAGCCCAGGAAAUGUUCCAGAAGCCUGUUCCAGAAAACUGGAACCCCGACAGACCGUAUCCUGAUGACCAUCACGACAGCCGUCACAAUCCACAGACGGUAGAAAUGAGAGAGAUUGGGCCUGUUGGGGACGGUUACUCGGACACUGAGCCCUAUCACCCAAUGGAAGGGCAUGGGCGGACCAUCUCCAUGCCACGCCUCUCAGCAGACAACCAACGACGGAGACACAGGCCGCGAGGAAGUAACCUCAGUACCAUCACAGACACGAGUCCAAUGCGCCGCUCUACGUCUUCACUGGUUCACGGACGUUCAGGACGAGGUGUGCGAUUGGAUGAUUACUCUCUUGAACGGGUGGUGUCAGAAGAGGGUCACCGGCACGGUCCACGAAGAAGAGAACGGGAUCGAGACCGGGAAAGAGACCGCAGUCACCGCACCUCAGAGAGAUCACUCGCUCGCUAUACAGAUGCAGACACAGGUCUGGGCACGGAUCUUAGCACCACUACACAAUCAGGUGACCUCCCACCUAAAGAGAGAGAACGAGAACGGGGUCGAGCAAAAGACCGUCGCCACCACCACCAUCAUCAUCAUCACCACAGCUCCGUGGAUAAAGAGCGGUACGGUCAUGAGCGCGACUACCACCGUCAUCCUCACGACAGAUCUGAUCGCCACUGGUCCCGCUCACCGAGUGAGGGGAGAGGGCAUAGACAGGGCAGUAGUUCCGUGAGCGGAAGCCCCGUUCCCUCGACGUCGGGGACCAGCACCCCCCGACGUGGCCGUCGGCAGUUGCCCCAGACACCGUCUACACCACGCCCUCAUGUCACCUACUCCCCUGCUGUCCGCAAGCCUCCGUACGGCUCCCCGGGCCAGGGACGACUCCGUUCCCCUUCCCCGCGACACUUCUCUCCACCGGAUCACGAACCACCCUACCAUCGUCCACCCUCCCGCCACGCCUCGCCCCAUCACGGCUCACCCCGGCACGCUUCCCCGCGCUCCCCCAGGCACGCAUCUCCCAGGUCCCCACGCCACGGCCGCUGGGGCCCGGCGCCUGACAGUCUGGAGGGCGACGGACCUUUCUACGAUCGGGACUAUGAGUACGAGAGGCACCAUGAGCCGCCUGCCUACGAGCAGAGUCUAUCACAGGGCAACCCCCAUCCUCAUUCACACCCGCAUCCCCGAUCGCCAAGGACUGCUCGUCAAGGGCCUCCCCUGCACCCACGCCGUAUGCCUAAUGGCUACCGUUCCUCCUCGCCCUCCCCGCACCGGCGCGGCCCCCACCCAGGCCCACACCGGCCACCCCAUGGCCGUGGGCCCCGGAAGGGGUUGCACGAACAGUAUAGCGAGACGGACGAGGAUGAUUGGUGUUAGUGCACAGGGUGACCAGGAGAGGGGCGCCACUCGACUUAAACCAACAUGUUUAUGCACCGCAGCAGGGAGAGAGGGGGCAGAAGGGGAAGCGCAAACAGGGCGAAUGCGCCAUUGUGAGACUCUGAGCCUUGGAGCAGCACAUGCAGCUCCCCUACUCCCUCUCUCUCUAAUGCUUUCUCCUGCUCUCUGGACUACGUUUCCCAUGCUGCUUAGCACGCAAGGGAAUGGGAGCGUAUGAGCGAGAAAUGGGGUGGUUGCGUUUAGAUGGACUGAACUUUAAAGAUCAGAGUCGUUGUGUUUGAAUGCUCCACUCCAAACUGAGCAAGCAAGACCGAUUGCUUCUUGCCCGAUGGAAAAAAUGAGAAGCAACAUUGUCAAAAAAAAAAAAAAAAAAAAAGGAAUUUUGAAAAAGAAGCCAGAACCCAUUUUCCCCCUCACAUCUAUGCCUCUUGAAAAGACCCAAAAAUUAAAAAAGGGAAGAAAAAACAGACAUUGUUGAAGAAAAGCAAGUGCUCUUUUGAACGAGAGCUCUACCUACUGCAAAACCAGCCCCAUGUGCUGGCCGAUAUCGAUGAGUUUUAUCAUCUGCGUUUACUGUUACCAACUCAAGAUGCUGAGUGACCUCAUCACCUGGGGGAGGGGUUAACCGUCAAAGAGGCGUGGCAUAAGAAAGGACCCAGUGCAGGCGAGAGGAGGCGGGUGGGCGUGGCGCACUGAAGCCUCACCCACAAACUGCCACUCGGUCCUGACGAGGAAAAGACCGUGGAAAAAGAACGAAACGGCAGAUGAGGGAGGGACGGAAAGACUAUUUCCUCUUCAGAAUGUCUUCAAUUGAUUACUUCUUCUUUUUGAACAUUUGGAGCUUGGUUAUUCUGUUGCAUUUGCUCAGCUUUCUUUGAUAUUUUCGGACUAAAAUCUGAUGGAAACUUGCAUGAUUGAUUUAAAAAAAUAUAUAUAUAAAUAUAUAUAAAUAUAUAUAUAUAUCAGACAGAAGAUUUACUGUGGGAAGGGGGGUGAUAGCUCUCUUUUUUCCAUUCAGUUGGAAGUUCUUUCUCUCGUUUUCUCCCUGUUGCUCUUGCCAUGUCUACAGAUCUUUACGUGCAGAUGGAGUUUAUAGAUAGACGCUACAGCAGACCUUUCUGAAUAGCGAGAUCUUAAGGUGUUUUCUAUGUUAUAUCCAUCUGAGGAUCCCAGAUGAUGUUCUGCACUGUUUAUUAUUACUUUGGAUUGCACUAAAAACGAACCUGAAUGGUAAAACCUCCCUCAUUACGGCUCUGUCAGCCAUGGCUGCGAACAGAGAGAGAAACGGGGUGAGAGACGUUCUCCUUUCUAAAGGCUUCAUUUGCUAUUGUCAAUAACAAUAGUCUUAUAAUGAUGAAAACUAUAUUAAUGCAAUUGAUGAAGAUGACAGUGAUGCUGAUGAAGAUAGAGGUGAUCAUGUGACUUUGUUGUCUUGUUUUCGAGAGUUUUGUCUGUUGUGGCCAUCUUGUUUCGAACUUUAUUUUCGGUUCUAUUCACCACAGAUUGAAGUCUAUAAGGAUGCGCUCCUGAUAGCAUCCUGAAGUUUACGUACUUGCGACCUCAGCUGAGUAGAAUAUUCCUAUCUGUAGAGAAUAGUUCGGGUCAGAGCUCAUGAAUGUUUUAAAAGAGAGAGUUGGGGCAUUCAGGAUACCCUGGGACAGUUUUUGUGUCAGAGUUUUUCAGACAAAUUCAGGGUCCAUUCCAUAUUUAUUUCUUGACAGAAAAAGAUGGUCACACAACAGUGUGAUCUGAAGAAACUGUUUUAUAGAGGGUCAGUUUUUAACCCCUUGAAUUAUUUCACAGCUAAUGUAGAAUUAGUGCAAGUUAGUAUUUUGGGUGAUGAAUGUUGUUGUUUACUCUUUGUCCAUGUUGUGGUGCUGUUGCGCAGCUUAAGCCAGGCUAGACUAUGGACAAACAAUCCCUUAUGAAAAUAAGGUCACCAGAGGGCGCUUGAAGAACUUUCGAUUUUGCAGAACUGUCCCCCGACAGGUGACAUAGCAGGUCUGUCAAAGCUCACCUUUGACUUUUUUUCAGACAGGAGUUUUUUGAGGAUUUUGACCUGGGUAGUUUUUGAUCACAUAACUGGAAACAAUUUUUCCACCCUGCCUUCCUGUUCCCUGCCAUGGGCAGCUUGUUAUGUCUUUUGCUGCCUGCUCAAUCUGAGACACCCCCUUCCCCCUCCUUCUGCUCAGGAUACAAAGAUUCAGCCAAACAUAUAUCUCACAGGGGUGUAGAGGUGUGGCCUAUUCAGCCUCCCUUACUGUCACUGAACCCGUCCAGCUGACCCCCACACAUCAGCCCAUCUCAAAACAUCAGAAGAGUCAAAUGUUUCUGAAAUACGCCAUUACAACAGGCUUUCUCCUCCAGAUAAUUUUAUUCUCUUAAAUCCUUACUAAAAAAAAGACAUUCGUUACGAAAUUAUAGCUAUAAAACUUGCAUAUGUUUGACUUUUGAUUGGAGAUUUUUGUUAGCAAGUCACAGAGUGUUUGUGAAGAGACAUGUGUGAGAUUUUUUUCUCAGGAAAAAAAGUCUUAAUUUCAUCUCUAGGAGUAACUAUUGAGAUGUUCAAGACAUCUCAUUUACAAUUUUUCUUUAUGGGAUACCAGAAAAAAGUUUGAAAGAUUUCGAAAUUCUCCUCAAGAUGUCAAUACAUGAAGCUAAAGUGAUUCAACAUAAACCAUCACUUAUUUCAGAAUAGUUCACCACAUUUAUCUAAAAUCUUAAAGUCAGUUGGGCGGUUCUGUAUUUUCUCCUUUUCUUAUCUCAAUUCUGAAAAAAAUCUGAAUAUCGUCAUGUCAUUUGAUUCUUUCUCCUUGCCAACCCAUUCCCAAGACUUUUAGGGAGGAAACCACUGUUUUCUGGGUGUUUGUUGAUGUUCGGCCCACAUUUACCUACAGCUGGCCCCCAGUUAGCCCCUGGUUUGAUGCCCAUGGGUCUAGAUGAACCUGCAGAGCCACAGUGCCUUCUGUUCUAGUGUCGCACACUAACCUUUCCCUUGCCUCUCUUCCCUCUCCCCUCUAUCUCUCUCUUAAUGUGAUGGACUCACACUACGCCUUAACAAGUCCCCAUGUCUGCGCUGUCUGCUGGGCUUUUUAAAGACAGGGAGGCACGGUUAUAUGGUGGGGGAAGAUCCCAGUUACUCUGAGAGUAAUGAAGGGAAAUGACAACCAAGUUCUGUCAGGGUGUCCAUCUAGGCUCUCUGUCUCUCUUAGCAAUGCUUCCUCAAGUGGAUGGCAGCCAUUUUUUGAUUUGUCUCACCCUGCUCGUAAAGAGAGUUGCAUCAAACAUCGGAGGGAUUGUUCUACUUCUCAGGUCUUUAGCAAAAGGACAGGAAGGCUUAUUUUUGUGAGGCAUGAAUGUUAGCUAGAACUUUUGCAUGGUUAAUAUUAUGCCCAUUUAGAAGUUCUCUUGGUCUUGUAUUCUUUUGCCGAAAACACUUGAAAUGCAGGAAAUUUGCUCCAUUUUAGCUCAAGAUGGUGGAUCGAUAGAUUAUUAAUACAAUUAGAAUUUGAUUAAUUAUACAGAGAUAGCAGAAGGUUGUGGUUUUUUAGGGAACAGUUCACCCAAAAAAAGAGAAUUGUCAUCAUUUACUCACCUUCAUCUCAUUCCAAACCAUUAUGACUUACUUUCUUCUGUAGAACAGAAAAAGAGAUGUUCGAGAAUUAUUCCAGUUGCUUUUUCAAUGAAGUUAAAAUAAGAAAGAACUAUGGCUUUUAAACUUCCUUUUAAGGACACAAAAGCUCCUUAUAAGUAGUCUAUAUGACUAUAUUCCAAGUUUUAUACAAUAGGUUUAUGUGAGAAACCAAUACAAGUUCUUACCUAAAUAUUUUACAAAUUGGUUCAACCUAUUGACAGAACCUGUCAGAAUGAUUAAUUAAUAAAUUAGAAAGAUCUAGUUCACUAGAAGGCUUAAAGGCUUACGUUUGGCAUGAGAAGUAAAUUGCAGUUACUUUUAAUUUCUAUUGUGAUGCAUAUACAAUUAAAACAUUGAGGUGAAAAAAUGCACGUUUUUCCAAUCAAAAAUUGAUUGGAGCAUUAAAGUUUGCUAAUUGCUGUGACCUCAUGUUAGUGACAGGUUAGACGUUUGUUUUGAAUAAAGGGCACAUGAAUUAUUAAGUAAACGAUGUGCAUGGGUAAAUCAUUUAUAAUAAACAUUGCAGUAUUCUAUUCAUUCAUCGUGAGUUUAAGUAUAGCAUAUAAUUGCAUUUAAAUUUUAUUACAGAAGAAAUUGAGUCAUCUUGGUUUAGAUAAAUGAGGGUGAUUGAAUGAUAUCAAGAACUUUCAUUGUUAGGUGCACUGUCCCUUUAAGAGUUUUACGACUAUAAUUAAGACCAGUGCAUCAUUCUUUGGCUCUGCUUGUUCAUCAGUUUAGUUCUGACCCUCUUUUGCUCUCAGUGUCAAUGCCUUUAUUUCUUUUUGUUUUCGACUCGCAUCUUCAUUUUUUUGUCCCAACAGAAGCCAUUUUUAGUUUGCAACACACAAGUGAAUCAUCGUAGAUACACAACACACUUGCACUUGAGCAUGUGUUGUUUGUUUUGUAUCAUCCUAGUGGAACAAAGCUGUAUUUUCUUUCUGUUUCAUACGAAAUAAGGGCUUUCCUUCAACGGUUGAGUGCUGCCAAAACAAGUCACCCUCUAUGUAGCUACACCACUUCCUGUGGUCUCCCUUUGUACAGAACAGAACUACAUGUGUGUGCAUGCUAACGUGUGGGGAACUGGAGAAAAGGGAGGGGGGUGAUGGGUAAUGUAGUUUUUUUCCCGUGUGUAUGAGAGCGAGAACUUGAGGCACAGCUGUGGCCAGCACAGGCAAUGUGCAUGCCAAAAAAAAAAAAAAGGAAAAAAAAAAAAAAACAAUCUUGUCAAAGGGAUUCAAAUGAUAUUGUGCACCUUGGGUAAUUUAGUGCUGGGUUUGCCAAUCCAUUUCUGCUCAGCAUUUACCAUGGCAUACUUCAUUAUCAUCCUCAUCUGAUCCAAAUCCAAGAUUGGAUACGAAUCCAUCGCCACUAUUCCAGACGUUCGGAGGGUUGGGUUCAUCCAUGUGACAGUGGGACGGUCGUCUGCGAGUGUGUGCGCGUGUGUCUGCGAGCUGAUUUGAAGGCAAGUCGUUUUAUAGUGCCUUAAAUGAACAGUUUCCCAUCGCUGUUACACGACCGUAGAUACGAAGCCAUGGCGAAAGUGAAGAGAGUCAUCAUGUUUAUACCUCGACUGUCUAUCCAUGUCUAUCUAACUUGUUUUGUUGGGUCUAUCAGUCUCUUUCUCUUCUGUAACUCUUAUAUAUCUCAUUCAUAAACUUCCUGCAACAGUCUGUGUGUUCAUCCUCUUUCUUCAACAUUGCCAUGGUCCUUUGUUUCAUUUCCUCUCGUUCUGUAUGCAUGUCAUGGUUUCUUUAUUCAAACGCAUUGCUGAAUCGAUAUUGAGAUUAAAUUGAUCAUUCACAAUUAAGCAAAAACGUAAUAUAUGUGUAUUAAUUAAACAUUAAAUAAAACAUAAAUCAUAAUUAGUACACAAUUAAAGGAAUAGUUCACACAAAAGGGAAAAAUAUCAUCCUGUACUGUCAUGCCGAAUUACUUUUUUCUGCGGAACACGAAAGAAGUGCUAUCAGUAGUUUUAGUCGGUACAAUGAAAACCAGUGGGGUCCAAGUUGUUGUUUUCCUCUUAAAAUAUCUUAUUUUGUGUUCUGCAAAUUAAAGAAAGUCACCGAUUAAUCAAACUAUGACAGAAUUUUCAUCUUUAAGUGCAACUUUAAGUCAGAGUAGAUGCUUUGCUCUCAACUACAAAAAGAAAGAAAAUGUAGCAUUAAAUCAGAGAAACGAACAGAUUUCACUUAAAAAAGAGAAAUGAAUGUUGCGGUUCUCUAAUAGGAAGCAGAUCACAAGACAGGAAGUGCGUUUUCUGCCCUGUCAGCGUGAGUGAUCGUGUGUGUCGGAGGGGAAAUAUGCGUGUGGUGUGUGUAUGUGUGAGUAUGAGGGGAGUUCCUGCGAGAACAAAGCCACUGUCACCGUGACACCCGCAAACCCGUCCCAUCUCUCCUUAAUCACCCAUAUCCCACCCGCCAUCCAUAUUACUAUUGACCUGAACCAUUUAGAAGCAAAAGAGGAAGUUUAAAGAGAAAAAAAGGCCAUGAUAAAGAGAGGUAUUUAAUUACUGAUUUGCAUGUGCAACGUGCAUGCCACUAUGUGGGUUAACAAGUCAACUUCAGGAAUUAUAAAAUAUAAAAAGAAAUAUAAAGAAAAAGAGUAUAUAUGUAUAAAUAUAUAAAUAUAGUUAGAUGUUUUUAUGAGCAAUGUGUUCCUUUUUCUUCUAUUUUUAAAAAUGAAAAAGACAAAAAAGAGCACCAAGUGGAGAAAAAAAAUAAUACAAGAGACAUGAUAAAACUCAUAGAAUGUUUGUUUGUUUCUAUUGCCAACUGUUCUCUGAGAAUCGUGGGUAAGGUGAGCACACAACAUGCUGUACUAAAGAGUUAAAAAAAAAAAAAAAAAAAGGUGAAAAAAAAGGUGAAAAGAUACCCAGUAACUCUCUGUAUGAGAGACUGCACAUCACUCUGAUUUAAGAAGAAACCCAAAACCCUUUUGCUGAUGUUGAGCUGUGAAAGAGGCUGCCUGAAACUGGUGAUGUUACACAUUUAUUCUGGCUAUGAAAAAUCCCCCUUUUUUCUCUCUUCCUCUGUCUCUCUAUCUCUCUGCUAUUUCUACCAGUGCAUUUUGUAAUUCCGAACAGAACUCUUCCUAAAGAACCUGAAUAAAAACCAGAGAGAAUGCAUUCUAAA